AUGAUUGUUGCGUCGUUUGAUGUGACCGACAAUGAAUACGACCAGAGUCUCGAGCAUUAUACGAGGAUAGAGCUGAACAUAAAAUCGGAAGCUAACGUUGCGAUGAGGCACGAUGGCCCUGAUUGGGAUCGAUUCGAUUCUGAAAUAUUACAUGGGCCGCUAUUGUUGCUGAACGCAGCCUUGGUGGCAUUUUCGGUUGGAGUGAAGUUGGAAGUGUGCCAGAUUGAAUCAGGACAGCUGCAUCAUAUCUGUCCUCAACUCGACCAAAAGGAUAUAGAGUUCAUAUUUGCUCAAUUGGAUACUGAUGGAUCUGGCAAAAUAGAUAAGGAAGAAUUCUGUAAUGGAUUCAAAAAGGCGGUACUGGAAGGUGAAAACAGAGGUUAUGGUGGAAUGCAACGCAGGGCAAGUGUAAUCGAGUAUUCUGAUGAAUUUACCGACGGUUCACUGAAGUUAUGGGACACUACGCCUCCUUCACGUGCAGGUGACGAAGUAUUCGACAGUGAUGCUGAAUCCGUGUUCUCUCGACCGUCACGUCUACGAAAUUUGGAUGACGACGUGUAUAACUCAGAAACAGAAAACAUGAGCGUGGACUUUUCCUUACCGUGUCAGGAAGAGGUCGUCUUGCUCUACCAGCAACUACAGUCUGCUGGCGUACCUCAGCUUCUUCGAAAAUUCGAGCGCAUAGUCGGCUCUUUUUACAAAGAGAUCAAAGACCAAAAAGACGAAAACCAACGUUUGCAACACAUUUUUGAGACAGAGAAAGAUAUGUACAACAAACGAAUGGAAGAAGUGGAAAUUGAGUUAGAUCAGCAGGUGAUGAUGGCCGAACGCAAAGCACGUGAAGAGGAAAGAAAUAAACUCACGAAGGAGAAGGAAGAAAUGCAAUCACGUAUGGCCGAAGAAAUGCGUACCAUGCAAAGUAACAUUGAAAGGCUGCAGAAAAUGGAAAGUGUUCUUGAGAAAGAGGGACAAAAUCUUAGCCAUCAGAAGGAGUUACAAGAGCGUCUAAAGGAAGUUUGUUCGGAAAACAAUGAACUACGUCGUGGUCUUGCUGAAAAUCACCUUGAAUUGGCCAUGAUAAAAAGUGAAUUGGCGCAUGUUCGGGCUGAUUACGAACACAAACAGAAUGAGCUAAUCCGGCAGAAAGACGAAGUCUCUGUUGUAUCUCAAGAAAGCGAAACCAUGCAACGCCAGAUACAGCUUCUCUUUGAAGCCAACAAAAAACUUCACGAGACAAAUGAAAGCCUCAGGGAUGCUCUGGAUAGCCGUGCAUCUGUCAUCAAACAAUUCAAUCUGAGAACACCGUCACCGCAUCUGGCGCGAACCGCGUCCGAAGGAAUGGCAUUGUUCCAAAGCCACGAUCAAAUGCGUAUUCAAACUCCGGCAACCCUCAGCGAAGUUCCAACUGAGGAAGACGACUCUGGUUUGGUGAUUUCGUUCGAUGAUGGGAAUUGCUCAAGCGAUUCUGACAAGCCAAAAGGCGAUAUCGAACCGAUGGUGGGUCUGCACCCGGCUACGGGGCCUGCUGAGCGCACUUUCAGGGUGGUGAUGUGUGGCGAGGCGGCUGUUGGGAAAAGUAGCUUAGUAAUGAGACUCGUUAGUGGUAAACAUUGCGCAAAUUUACCCAGCACACUUGGUGUGGAUUUCCAUGUGAAGACGGUGAAUGUCGACGGAAGGAACGUAGCUCUUCAGUUCCGGUCAUUGUGCAAGUCGUAUUUCCGACGUGCUGAUGGCGCUAUUUUGGUCUAUGACGUCUCCUCGGAACAUUCCUUCAUCAAAGUUCGAGACUGGAUUGACACUAUUAAGGAUUCGGUCGAGAGACAAAUUCCAGUUAUUCUUGUCGGCAAUAAAUGCGAUCUUAGAGCCGAAUUGGGUGAGGUGGUAUCAAAUCAUGACGGAGCUGCAUUAGCAGCAAAAAUGGGUGUAUUGUUUAUGGAGACAAGUGCUGUUGAUGGAAGCAAUGUGGACAGUUCGAUGUUAGCCUUGACAAGGGAAAUGAUGGCAGUGGAAGACGUGGAUGUGCGGGCAGCAGGAGUGAUACUUUCGCCAAGGGCUAAACCAGCUACCGGAUGUUUCAGCAAGUGCAAAGGAUGA